UGCUUAGCGCGUUUUUAUUUUCCUUCAUUGUCGUUUUGAGUUCGUUUCUUCUUCUUCUUCACUAGAAAGGGAAAACCCUAGGAGCUUCAUUAUACCAUUACUUCACACCAUUCCGAAAUCAAGAAAGGGGACCGGUGUCAACCGCUCGAAGCAAAGCAUUGGAGCGUCUCAAGGUCCGCCUCUACGGAGGCCGUCGAUUGGAUGGCGCUGGGCACUCGUCGGCAAGCGCCACGAUCAGGCGCGCUCCUUUCAUAGUCGACGAUGGAGGAAUCGGAUACGGCCAUGAGGGUGAGGAAGAAGACUGGUCUCAGGCCGGAUUCACUCUCUUCUUCGAUGAAUCCGAAGGCGAAUCGGAAAGGUUUCUCAGUAAAACAUGACUGCUAUUAUGUCAUUUCACUUAUUCUUUAUUGUUCCUGUGUCGUUAUUUUUUAGGUGACAUACCUAAUGGUUUUCCUAUUCGUUGUAAACUGAAACAUAUCCAAAGCCUCUCUAUUCUAUUCUACUUUGAAACAAAUCCAUAGUAGGAUGUUUUGUUUAUUUGCAAAUGAAAAGAGAAGUAUUACUUUUAAGUUGUUGGCAGGUUUACUCAGCGGAAUAUACCGAGAGUGUAUCCAAAAGGCACUCGUAUUGCCUCAACAAAUUAUAACCCAUUGAUCGGAUGGAUGCAUGGAAUAUAACGAGUUGUAUGAAUAACAUAAUAAAUAACAAGAUACUACAUUAAACAUUUGAAGUCUAGCUAGCACUUUUGCUCUUUGAAAGUUGGGAAAAACUUGUAUGAUAGGAGAUAAAAUUUAAUUAAAGAGAUAGAUAGAGACACACAAUAGUUCAUAUGAAGUUUCUGAUAUACAAAUACUUUUAUAUACCAGAACUAUUUAAACUCUGGGGCUGUACUUUUUAGGAUAACUAGUGUUUUGUUGUAUUUUGGGCUUCCCCCAUUUAUAUGCAUGAAAGUGGGUGAUGUUGGAUUGUCAUGAAGUUUUAGAAAGUAAUAAGGGAUAGAGAGGUAGCAUACGGAGAGUGAAAGAAGAGUGAAUAUUUUCUUAUUCAAAAUUACUUAAGUUAUACUGAAAUGUAACAUGAUGUAGUGUGUUAUUGACUAAAUGAUAUUGAGGUCAUGCAAGAUGUCCACUAAUCAGUUUUCAUUGUGCAUGGUUCCAUUCCAUGACAAGGAUAUGCUAGGUCUCUCUGGUUGAUGCAGGAAAUGUUCAAAGCCAAUGGGGGAUGUGGUUAUGUUAAGAAACCAGAUUUUCUGUUAAACACUGGUCUUAUUAAUGAGGUCUUUGAUCCUAAAGCUCAUUUGCCUGUGAAGAAAACUUUGAAAGGAUUAAGAGCUAUUCAGAUACUUGCAGAUGCUUUGCCUAAAAUUGUUCCUUAUGUAUUGAUCAAUCAUCGUGAGGAACUUCUUCCAUUAAUGAUGUAUGCAAUUGAGCACCACCCAGAUAGCAGGACUCGGGAUUCUUUGACCCAUAGAUUAUUCAACUUAAUCAAGCGGCCUGAUGAACAACAAAGACGAGUAAUAAUGGAUGCAUUUGUCAGCCUUGCAAAGAAUGUUGGAGAGAUGAGAACAGAAACAGAAUCGCUUCCUCAAUGUUGGGAACAAAUAAAUCACACGUACGAGGAACGUAGAAUGCUAGUUGCUCAAUCAUGUGGCGAGCUUGCAGAAUUUCUGCGGCCUGAGAUUCGGGAUUCCCUUAUUUUAUCUAUUGUGCAACAACUAAUAGAAGAUGGUGCCAUUAUUGUUCUAGAGGCUGCAGCUCACAAUUUGACUAUGAUGCUUCCACUUUUUCAAGGCACGGAUAAAUAUUUCCAGGUCAGCUUCACUAUAUAUGCUUCGAGGCAUUCAUGGAGAAGAUUUCUGACUUUUUAUAGAAUUGACUGCAAUGUGGAGGAGUUGAUGUUCCAAUUGUCAAAUGCAGGUGUCUCUAAUUAUUUCAUUCUUAUGCGGUUUUUGUUAAACUGUUCAGUUAUAGAGUUGUUAAUGCUCAGUUUAUGCUUGUGUAUUAUAUUUUCACUAUUCAAGCAGGAGUUUCUACUGCACAUUUGGUUCUGUGAAAGUGAGUAACAUUAUUGUACCAUUUAUUCAUUAUUUGUUUCUAUA